AGCGCGGCGCGCACUCCGCACUCCCCGGGAAACAGCUGGACGCGACCAAGUCCCGGGCAGGGGCGGGGGGACCCCGACGCUCCGCCCCUGCGCUCGGGGCCCUCCCUCCGCCCGGCUCUCCGCGGGCGCCCUCCCCUCGCCGGGGGCUGCGAGUUGCAUUUGGUAAAACCCAGCCCCGGAAUAUAUAGAUCAUUGGAGCGUAAUGAAGUAGCCUUUGGAGAGGAGGGAGGGUGCCGGUCCGACAGCCACAGCGGCCAGCGCAGCGGCAGUGGCAGCGGCGGCGGCACCACCAUCACCGCUCGCACCCCAGCCGCCCGGCCCGCGCGGAGGCGGCGGCGGUGAGACGAGGAGGAGCCGGAGGAUCCGAGCGCGCAGCCGGCGGGUCCACGCAUCUCGGCACUUCCAGAGCAACUCCGGCGGCUUCCACACCCCAGCCCGGGGCUAGGGGCUCCGAGAGCGGCCGCAGAACCAGCCCGAGCCUCCUCUCGAGCCCUCCCAGCCCUGCCCUGCGCCUCCGGGGCUCCACUCCGCGCCGCGGGGUCCCCGCUCCUGCGCCCCGGGCGCGCCUCCCGGACACCCCGGUCCCCGCAGGCAGGACAAAGCCAUGAAGCCGGCGCUGCUGGAAGUGAUGAGGAUGAACAGAAUUUGCCGGAUGGCGCUGGCCACUUGCUUGGGAUCCUUUAUCCUGGUCAUCUUCUAUUUCCAAAGUAUGUUGCACCCAGUCAUGCGGAGGAACCCCUUCGGCGUGGACAUCUGCUGCCGGAAGGGGUCUCGAAGCCCCCUGCAGGAGCUCUACAACCCGACCCAGCUCGAGCUGUCCAACACCGCGGUCCUGCACCAGAUGCGCCGGGACCAGGUCACCGACACCUGCCGGGCCAACAGCGCCGUGAGCCGCAAGCGGCGGGUGCUGACGCCCAACGACCUGAAGCACCUGGUGGUGGACGAGGACCACGAGCUCAUCUACUGCUACGUGCCCAAGGUGGCCUGCACCAACUGGAAGCGCCUCAUGAUGGUCCUGACGGGGCGGGGCAAGUACAGCGACCCCAUGGAGAUCCCGGCCAACGAGGCGCACGUCUCGGCCAACCUGAAGACCCUCAACCAGUACAGCAUCCCCGAGAUCAACCACCGCUUGAAAAGCUACAUGAAGUUCCUGUUCGUCCGCGAGCCCUUCGAGCGGCUGGUGUCCGCCUACCGCAACAAGUUCACGCAGAAGUACAACACGUCCUUCCACAAGCGCUACGGCACCAAGAUCAUCAAGCGGCAGCGCAAGAACGCCACGCAGGAGGCCCUGCGCAAGGGCGACGACGUCAAGUUCGAGGAGUUCGUGGCCUAUCUCAUCGACCCGCACACCCAGCGCGAGGAGCCCUUCAACGAGCACUGGCAGACCGUCUACUCCCUCUGCCACCCGUGCCACAUCCACUACGACCUCGUGGGCAAGUACGAGACGCUGGAGGAGGAUUCCAAUUACGUCCUGCAGCUGGCGGGGGUGGGCAGCUACCUGAAGUUCCCCACCUACGCCAAGUCCACAAGAACUACUGACGAAAUGACCACGGAGUUCUUCCAGAACAUCAGCUCGGAGCACCAAACGCAGCUGUACGAAGUCUACAAACUCGAUUUUUUAAUGUUCAAUUACUCAGUGCCAAGCUACCUGAAAUUGGAAUAAAGGGGAAGGGGGAGGGGGGGCUGGGGGAGGGGGAGGGGGUGGGGACGAGGGAGAGAAUCAUGCUUUUUAAUUUAAGAUUUUUAUUUGUCAAAAGAAUUAUAUGAAUAUUGGGUUAUUUUGUAAAUUAAUAUUUCUUUGGGGAUGAUGCUGCGAGCAGCAUAGUGAGAAUUAUUUAAAAUCCUUGGUAGGGAAGGACAGCUGUCUUUGCAGGGGAAUAGGGGUGGGUGUCCCUGGUUUUAGACAUGAGUACUGCAACACUGUCUCAAAGGUUUCCUUGUGUUCCGGUGAAUUCCAUGAAUUGUGCAUUCCAUAAAUUCUAAUUAAUAUUAUUUAUAGUUAUUUAAACAUAGUGUCUGUAGAGAUUUCUUGGUGUGGCAGCAUAAGAAAUCUGUGCUUCAUUCUGCGCUUGCUCUAGCUCACUUGGGGGCGUGAAUGUUCUCAGUCGCAGCUCAUAGACUCACUGUGUGAUAAGAGCCAUUGUGAUGUGUGUUGAUGCCACCGUGCUUGACAUUCUGCCAGAAAUAAACGGAAAGAGGCACCUUUGUAAGGGACUAAUUCCACACCGAUUUUCAAUCACCGCAAAGUCCCUUGUCCUAAAGAAAUGUGAUUUUUUUUUUAACCCAAGGAGAGAGCUGAUGGUAGCUUUUUAUUUUCCCCCACUGGAAUUAAUAGUCUGAUAGAAUAAGCUUUUCUAAAGAAAUUUUUAACUGGCAGUGCCAGUUGUGAUGAAGAUGAAAUGGCUGUUGCUUUAUAGUCAACAAGUAUUUAUUGAGCAACUACUAUGUGCUGGGCCUCAUUCUAGGCCCUGCAGAUAGAGCAUUGAACAAAACCAGUAGACUCAGCCCUCAAGAAGCUUUACAUGGACACCGAGUAUCCAGCUUGACAAUUAGCAGACCUCCGCUAUCUUGGGCUGUUCAUGAGCAUGUCCAUGACCCCUAUAAAUUUGCAUUUUUCUAUGACCCAAAUUUGAAAACCACAUGCCUGGAGCAGGCCCCCGAACCAGGUGCAUCAUCCAAGCUCAAGGCCCCACACAAUAGAUGGCAAAAAUAUUUCCUAUCCUGUGCCUGCUCUAAGGUAUUGGUAGUGUCCACCUUUAACCCCAGAACAGACUUGCCAGGCACAGCUUGGAAGAGUGCGGUGAUCGAUUAGUGGUGUCUGCUUCGGGUGAGGGAAGGGGAGCUUCAGCUGCUUCCGGUGCUGCCUCCUGCCAUCUCCAGCCCAGCACUCACGUCUCCAUGUUGCUUCCUACUCUUGCCACAUAACACCGAGGCAGGACUCCUACCCUCCGGGAUUUGCAAUGGUCUGGCGUUUCUACCCCUCAUGGAGGUCAGGGGUGGACUCCGGGUACACACGGGCACAUGCACACCCUCUCUCAAGUCCUCCCAAGGCUAAGAGGCCAUCAGUACCUGUGUGAUCGCCACGCCUGAGCAGCAAGGACAGCCUUCCGUGAUGGUAAUCCAUGCCCCUUUCCUCUGGAAGGCUGGAAACGUCCACUUCCGGUUCCUUGCUAAUGAACACCUGCUCCCGCUCCUCACCUGCAGCCAUUUCCCACUUCUCGGUUGACAUUUGAGCCACCUCUCUCUUGCAGCUAGUGAAUGAGUUGGUAGCAGAUAUUGUACAUAAUAAUAAUAAUAAUAAUAGUUCUAACAAUAGGGGAUGGGGUGGGCUGGGGCAUGGGUAAGUUUUGCUUUUUGUUUCGUUUUUUUGAUGCAGCCUAUAGCCAAGGGGUGAGAAGACUAUUCUAAAACAACAAAAAAUGAAUAAUUUAUUCACAGAAACUAUGAAAAUUGUAUGAUAAAUCUCAGAGCCAGCUCAGUGAGCAGCAGCUGCCACAUCUCACCGAGAAAAUUAUUUUAUUGAAUGUGAGUGAGGUGUGCCCGGGAGGAGGUGGCCGGAGCUAUUUAUAAAUGCUGUGUACCCCCUUCCACGCUCUCUCCCCUUGUGAAGGGCGCAGCGACUCUACCCUGGAUGGAUAGAGAUUUAUGCAACCUGUUUUACCCUUACAGUCUCCGGCUGUCCCUGGAAUUGGGACUCUGAACUCUAUUUCCAGGCAAAGGAAACUAUCCUCAGAAACAGGGCUUCUGCUGACAAAACAGGCUGUCCGUCGUUUUAAAAUGUGUGCUCUACAGAACACAGG